CUGAGGGAGCAUGAAAAAGGAUAGCAACAAUGUGAGACGACACCUAAAGUGCAGCUUUCAUGAAUCGGAUUUGAAACAGCACUGUGAAGCCGGACCACUGCCCACACAGCUCGGUUAACGGGAGGAACAAACGGACAAUAGCCUACCUUCUCCUAAAACAAUGAAGACGGGGCACAUUUCCUAGGCCGUCCGGCUGUCCUCUCUGCUGUGACCCGGCCUCUGACUACUGAUUGGAGCUGGCCUGGUGUGCGUAUAGGUGUGUGAGAGAGUGUGAGGAGAUGAAGUCCAGUAUGCGUCAGUGGCGGAGGCUGCUGUUGGUGGGCAUGUUGACGUGGGCCCUCCUCUUCCUGGCUCUGCUCUCCUACUUCCUGGACACCUACGUGUACAACGAGCCACAUACCUCCGCCAGCUCCUCACUCUCCCAGCACCCCGACACACGGCGCCUGGCAUCCAUCCAAGGCACCCCCCACCAGCAGCACCGCUCCAUCAUAGGCUCCCGGCCCGAACCCACCUACACCACCUUUACCAUCCCCUACCCCGACUCCGACCCUAACCAUUACCCAGACUCAGAGCCUAGCUCCACCUCCACCACCCCAGAGCCUGGCCUGGAGCUGAGCUACGGGACCAGCCAGGAGAGGGAGGGGGGCAGCCACCAGCAGCAGGACUACCUGGACCCCCAGACCCUGGCUGCCUGGUCCUCCUUCAGCACGGAGAACGUGGGUUCCCACUUUGACCAGACGGUGACUCGCAGCCGUGAGAGAACUGCCUGGACCGCCUCCGACCGGGGGCCCAACCGCACCACGCGCCGGUCCUCACGUGAGGACGAAGAGGAGGAGGAGGGGGUAGAGACAAACAACAGCCACAAGAGGAGGACCAUGGUGGGGGGGCAUGGGGGGGAGAGGCGAGGAAAAGAAGAGGAUGAUUUAGAGGAGUACUACUUCUCCAAGUCUUCCCCGCUGCUGCAGCGACUCUGGCGGGGCAAAGUGUCCUCUGGGAUGCUGUCCCCGCAACUGCAGCUUUCCAUGCGGAACUACCAGAGCGCCAACAAGCACCACGUGGCCUAUAAAGGAGGCCGGCGGACUGCCCAGAGCCCCAGGGAACUGCUGUGUGAGCUGAAGGACCAGGCCCGGCUGAGGACGCUGGACGGGUCCGAGCAGCCCUUCUCUUCGCUGGGCUGGGCCCGCCUGGUACCGCGCCUGGCCCUGGAGAAGCUCUACAGACAGGGGGGCCAGAGGGGCUUCAGGAGCUGUGCUGUGGUGUCCUCUGCUGGGGCUAUUCUUCACUCAGGCCUAGGGAAGGAGAUCGAUUCCCAUGAUGCAGUUAUGCGGUUCAACACAGCACCUACAGAGGGCUAUGAGAGGGACGUGGGGAAGAAGACCACCAUCCGCGUCAUUAACUCGCAGAUCCUGGCCAAUCCCAAGCACCGCUUCAGCACCAGCUCCCUGUAUAAGAACGUGACUCUGGUGGCCUGGGACCCUGCUCCGUACGCUGUCAACUUACACAAGUGGUAUGCCAAUCCAGACUAUAACCUGUUCAGUCCGUACGUGGAGCACCGGAGGCUCCACCCCACCCAGCCCUUCUACAUCCUCCACCCCAAAUAUUUGUGGCAUCUCUGGGAUGUGAUCCAGGGCAACACCCAGGAGACCAUCCAGCCUAACCCACCCUCCUCUGGGUUCAUAGGCAUCCUCCUGAUGAUGGCGCUGUGUGAAGAGGUCCACGUGUACGAGUACAUCCCGUCGCUGCGGCAGACAGACCUGUGCCACUACCACGAGCAGUACUACGACGCCGCAUGCACCCUGGGGGCGUACCACCCGCUGCUCUAUGAGAAGAGUCUGGUGCAGCGCAUCAACACAGGCCCUGAGAGAGACCUGAAGAAGAAGGGCCGCGUCACCCUCCCCGGCUUCAGCACCGUCAACUGUGACCUCUGAACUAGGAACUCAUGAACUCUGACCCUCAGCAGAAGCCAAACAUGGAACCACCACGACUCCACAGGACUAAGGGAAAACAGUGGAGAACCCAAGCCAUAGCCCCUCUGUGUGGGAUGGGAUCAAACUGGAGGGUACAGCUACAUAGAUGUAGCUCUAACUACAUCUGUCAGGAUUUAUCGACAGAACCCACAUGGGUCAAAACCCCGCCUUCCUCAGAGGUUACUUUCUAAAUGUAAUCAACUACAGUUACUAGUUACCUGUCCAAAAUUGCAAUCGGUAACGUAACUUUUGGAUUACCCAAACUCAGUAACAUAAUCGGAUGACUUUCAGUUACUUUUGGAUGACUUUCCCCUUUAGAGGUGUUAGAAGUGGUCUCUGACUUGUAGUCAGACUUGCUCAGGUGGAACAAACUUAAACUUGCCCCUUUUUUCAAUUCUUAAUUGAAUGUCAUUAAGAAAACAGAACGGUGUCAUAAUGUAUUUUUUUUCCGCAAACAUCCUUUCUAAAUUUAAAAGUAAUCCAAAAAGUUAUGAGCUAGUUUUUCAAAAGUAUCUGUAAUCUGAUUACAAUAUUUUUGCUGGUGACGUUACUGAUUACAGGUAGCGGUUUUUGUAAUCAGAUUACAUGUAAUCAUCUACUUUUCAACCCUCAGAGGGUAACGAGCCCAAGACAUGCCCAAUGUGAACAUCUCUAUCUCUGCCAUUGCUGAUCCGGAAGAGAGGAGAAGAGCUGUCUAGGGUAGCAAUAGAUAAGUGUCUUUAGAUAGAGAAACUUUUUUGAUAUAUCUGGAUGUUUUUUGCUGUUGUGAAGCGUUGUUUCUCCAGAGCACUGGUUGCUCUUCUUUCUUAAAAGGACUUAAAGGACAGUCCACAGUUUUUUUAUGGUGGGUUAUGGGUCUCAUGGGGUGGUAAAUUAAUGUUUGAGAAAAUUAGCAGUGGUCCGCACUGAAUGUCUCACACACGUCCAUACCAAACACACUUGAAAAUGUACAAACUCGGCAUACACCAGCCACACACUCCCGACAACAUUUUUUAUUUUAUUUUUUAUUUUUAGUCAUUUAGCAGACGCUCUUAUCCAGAGCGACUUACAGUUAGUGAUU